AGCUUCUCCUGCAGACUCCUCCCAUGAGUUGUCCUGGGAAACACUAACAACUGGAUGAAAAGUGCAGUCAAUGCUCCUGUCCGUGAACGGCCACACCGCCGCUCAUCCAUUUCCCUCUACAGUGCUGACUUUUUAACAUUUAAAAGGACAUUUCGGGCCCAGCUUCACACACACAGACACACACAGACACACACACACUGCCAGUCCGUCCAUUAGAAGGAUUAUUAUGCGUCCAAAGGCUGCUGCUGCUUCUUCACACUGAGCUUCAUCUGCUUGAGUGUCCAGGGACAUGAAACUCAAUCCACAGCAGGCUCCAUUGUAUGGGCAGUGCGUUAUCACAGUACAGCUCAACGAUGAAGAGCUGGCUGUGGAUGAAGAAGGCGUGGACUACUUCCUGCUGUUUGCUGGCAGCACACAGCGGCACCUGACCAGCACUCUAAGGAGCGAUCGUGACACCUUGCAUGCUCUGUGUCCCGCUCAUGACUGUUGCGAGGUGGUGUUGGUCACCUUGUGUUCAGUCAGCCGAGGUGUCCCUGAGAGCCCCGAGGAUCUAAAGCCAUGUCUGGGUUGCGUGGCUCCACUGGCUGAGCAUCGAUUCAGCUUUGUCCAGGAUUUGGCCUUUGACAUGGCCCAGUUCUUGGUGAGCACGGCGGGCCGGGAUGAUGGCCUCGAUGGGGCGUUGCUACUGGAUGAGUGUCAGAUUCCCCUACAGGAGUGUGAGCGUCUAGACGAGAGCCUGGCUUUGGCCCUCCGCCACCUUGCAUUGCCUGCAGGAUGGAGCCUACUGGGGAGAAAUCUAACUAACAGCACUGACCUGAAUCCUCAGGAGACUCUGCUGCAUUUCUCAGCACGUCGAGGUCUUUUUCGGGUUACGGACUUCUUGCUGCAGCAGUCAGGAGCGAAAGCAGCACUGCGAUUGGCUAACAGAGAAGGCCACACACCCUCCACCAUUGCAGCCCUGCGAGGACACAAACGGCUCCACAAGCUCCUCACAGAGGCUGAGACAGACACGGAGACGGACAAAGUGACUGAGACUGUUCAGCUGGUUUCAGAUGCCCGGGUAGGUUGCCACUUCCCCAGGCUGAACACACAUACUCUAACGCUGACCAUCCACCCGGGCCAUGAUCCUCCAACCCUUCAGAGGAGUGUGGAGCAGCUGCUGCACUUGAUAUGCCAUCUCCAUGCCAAGGGAGUUUCUGUACUGGAGCUGCAGUUUGAUUCUCUGCACACAGCAGCUGAAUGUUGUGAUGGUGUAGAAACGGAGAUAACCUGUCUCGAGCGAUUACAGCAGCCUGCUUUAGCAUCACAGGAUACAACAACAGGAGGGAGCUGGGUAGAAAACUGCUCAGUGGAAAUCAGCAGUAGUGUCGAUUGUGGACAUGGUGGAACUGGAAAUUCAGAGUGGAGCUUGUCUGUGAGUACUCCAACAUCAGAUAUACGUUCCCAGGAGCAUGGCCUCGGCUCCCUGGGGCACAGGGUGUGUCUCAGGUCAAAAACUGGGAGAGAUUAUUGCCAAACAGAGCAGGAGGGAAAGGAGCAGCCUGAUGUUUCCACCCGGAGUUUGAGUUUGUGUGACAGGAGUGAAGGAACACAGAGUGAGGCAGAAGGGGAGAGCCUCACUGUGGGAAUCCUACCACCAGCAAGCUGUGAUAAACAGGUAGAGGAAACUGAUAGAGGAGAGGCUGUGAUCCGGGAAGGACAGGAGGCCACUCAGGGAAAGGAAAUAUCAGAACAGGAAGCAGAGGACAGCACAACUAGAAGGAGGGAGGAGGAGACCAACUCAGAGUCAACAGAUCUAAUAACACUCAGUGGAGGCACGAACGCUUCAGUCAUGGGCCAGUCCCCGUCAUUAGAGGACUCUGAUGUAUCUGACACCUCUGAUUCUGAAAUGAAGGAGAGCAUCGGGAAAGAAGAGGAGAAACUUAGCCAGGAACUCUGUGACGGCGUCUCUUUAGAUGAGGAGAGGGUAGAGAGUGAAGGGUUAACAGAACUUCUGUCAAUCCCAGAGGACCUACCCAACCCAUCGCUGAUAGUCUGCGGUGAUGUAAUCGAGGAGCCUGAAUCUGAGGUUCCACCUCUCUUGAUAGAAGGCCUCCACGAGGGGGAACCUCCGCCAGACAUAAACAGCCUGGAACAAAACCAGGAAACAGCUGGUAGGGAUUAUGCUACGGUGCAGCAGAGGGGCUUGGCUCUAGAAACUGGUCGUCAUUCUGGGAAUUGUACUGGAACAGCCAGUGUUAAAGAGCUAGAUGGAGAAGACGCUGAAGUAGCUGAACCUUCUGGAUGUAGUCUUGAAAAUACCAGUUUGCCUAGUUUAGACGAGCCUGAUGACGGAGCUGAUUGUCAGACUGCUGAUAACUCCAUGGAAGAUAUACAAAUUGAUCUAUCACCUGAAACGAUGCCCAGCUCCAGCUUCAACAGUCAUGCUGAUCUUGAUUCAGGGAUGAUCCGUGGCCUCUCUAGUGAUGAUGAUGACAGCUUCCGAUCGCUCGGGAGCUCCACAACAGAAAUAUUCCACCCCUCUCAGGACAGUGUUGGUAUGGGGGAUCAGGAUUUGAUGGAGGAACCAAAUGAUUCAAAACCUGGUGAAAACAAAGAGCACUCACUAACUGUGGAUGCAGGGCUCCCCUUGGAGCCUGGCACCGUCAGUGCACUGAUAGCGACGGGCUGCAGCCAGACUGGCACCGGGCCUGAAUCGCAACUGUCACCCAGCCUCCAAACAAUAGAGGCUUUGAAUACUGAGGGGACAGGAGAGAAACUCGUCCCAGAACUUUUCAAAGAGGAUCUGUCGCUAGGUCCAGCGUUGUCAGAGAGUGGGGACACUUCAGCAGUGAAAGUCGAUGAAAGCGAAGCUGGAGAGGCCAUCGUCUCUGAGCAUCUGGCCCCAGAGGUCACCAGCAGGCUUUUAUUUGAAGCCAGUCAAUCUGGUGCAGAAGAAAGUGAAACGAUCGAUCCAGUUGAAGGUGAUCAUCAGUCAACAGAGACCAGUGAUAAAUCUGCAGUGGACUGCAGUGUAGCUGAACAGAGUGGAGAUGUGCAAUUGUUGCCACAGCAACCCAGAUGGGAUAAUUCAGAGAUGACAGCAGAUGAGAGGUCACCUGAUGAGGGAUUAUGGCACUCAGAGAAUCAGACUGAUGUAUCUUCAUCGCAAGGUUUCACUCCACCCUCAGAUGUCGAUGCCUUGGAAAUAGAACAAUCAUCUCUGAACAAUAAAGCAUCCGGUGAACCGCAUGUUGAGAAUGAGACUGAAAAUCCAAAGUCUCUUGACGCAGUGGAUAGAGCCUCACAAAGUGCGAUUCAAGAGGUAGAAGUCAUCAUGUCUGAAGAAACUGUAAUUGGUGCAGGGGAGGAAGAAAAUGGUCCAACAGAGGAAACCGAUUCCUCCACGAUUCACAGAGACAGAGAGGCGUCGUUCCGUCAGCCGUGCAACACUCUACACUCAGGAUCCUCACAGUCAUCAGCGUCUCCCAGUUUGCCCAGUAGAACCAGCAGUGCCGCCAGCUGUCCCUCCACAGCUCACAGAGAUUCUGGCAGCGACAUAGAAAGCUUCCUGAAUACAGAGCCGGGAUAUGACAGCAUCUACAGAAAGAACGAUGAACCAGUGACAGGAGGAGACAGUGCCAGUGAGGUUUCCGUCUCCUGCUCCUCCACAGACGACACUGCCAGCGUUGGUCUGCCUAGCUCCAGUCCCGAGGGCAGCCAGGGCCUGGAAUGCAGUUGGAGCCCAGAGGAGGGCAUCCAGGCUGGGGCUACUAUCACUGCUGGACCGGACAGUGGUGGAGGAGGAGGAGGAGCAGGAGAAGCUGAAGAAGAGGCCAAAGACAGAGUGACAGAGGUGCCGCGGCGUCCCUGUAUUCUACGAAAGAGGAGCAUCCGCUCCCUGUCGCCUCUUCGCCGCCACAGCUGGGGUCCAGGAAAGGGAAACGGAGGAGACGCAGAGAUGAACCAGAGGAGCUACAGCUUGGAGGGGCUCAGUGGGGGCCAGGAGGACCUGAGGAGGCCCACCGCACAGGGGCCUCGAAUGUCAGAGCCCUCAAGGAUGCCCCGGCAAGACAGCGAUGACAGGGGCUCUUUGGUUUCUCUGACAGAGGAGCAGGAGGACCUGGGGGUACACGGCAGACUACAUGACCCGAAAUCAAGGCGGUAUCGGCCUCUGCGAAACAGCUGUCCUCCCAUGACCCUGCCGCUUACCAAGUCUGUAUCCAUGCUUGCCAUCAGCCAGAGAGACAUUGACGGCAUGGGGUCAUUUUCCAGCACCUCUGGAUCACUAGCAUACAGUAUAUCAGAGGAAGAGCCUGGUCCUCUGCGAAGCGACAAUGAGGGAAAGGGUGUGACGAAAGUCAGCCGGACCUUCAGCUACCUCAAGAACAAGAUGUACAAGAAGACCAGGGAAAAGGACAAAGACAAAAAGGAUAAAGAGAAGGAGGGCAAAGAGAAGGACAAGAAGACGAUUAAUGGUCAUGUAUUCACACCAGUCAGCUCGGGCCAGGGAACCCAGUGCUCCCACUGCAAUAAGGCUUUCAACAGCAAGGAUGCUUUCCUCUGCACAUACUGUAACGCUUCCGUCCACAAGGGCUGCAGGGACAGCCUGCCUGUUUGUGCCAAGGUGAAGAUGAAGUUGCCCAAACAGCAGUUCGUAGUACCAGAUUCAAGUUCUUUUCCUGCAGUCACGAUGAGGAACAAAUCUGGUGGAACAAGAGAGCGCCCCUGGUCAGCCAUCUUGUCGCCAGAAGACCAUUCUUCCCUGAUGAUCCCACAGUCACGGAGACACACGAGCAUCAUGACUUUCCAUGGCAACAACCUCUCAAAGAGUCUCUCCAUAAGCAACAUCGCUGGUCCGGUGUUUGACGAGAUGCCCAUUAGAGGCCUGCGGUAUCUCUCCCAAUCUACUGACUCCCUCAACAGAACCAACCAGGUCACAGAGUCCAUGGAGUCGCUCACUGAUGAAGGGACGGAGAUGAUGGAUAGCCAGCUGAUGGGGGAGUUUGAGGCAGAUGCCAAGGAGCUGGAAGCUGACUCGUGGAGUUUAGGUGUGGAGCAGCAGUACCUGCAGCAGCUGGACAAAGAGCUGGUGAAGAGGCAGGACGUCGUCUACGAACUGAUGCAGACGGAGAUGCAUCACAUCCGGACGUUGCGUAUCAUGUCAGAUGUGUACAGCAAAGGCCUGCAGAAGGAGGUGCAGCUGGAGCUGCAGACAGUGGAGAAGCUGUUCCCUGCUCUAGAUGAGCUCCUGGAGCUCCACACGCAGCACCUCUUCCGUCUCCUUGAGAGGAAGCGAGAAAGCCAGCUGGAGUGGGGGAGCUCAGAGGGAGGCUUCAUCAUCAGCAGGAUAGGAGACAUCCUGGUCAGCCAGUUCUCAGGAUCUAAUGGUGAAAGCAUGAAGAGGGUUUAUGGAAGAUUCUGCAGCCGCCACAACGAAGCUGUGAACUUCUACAAAGACCUCCUGACCAAAGACAAACGCUUCAAGGCCUUCAUCAAAAAAAAGAUGAGUAGCAGCAUUGUGCGGAGGCUUGGUAUCCCAGAAUGCAUCUUGCUGGUGACCCAGAGGAUAACAAAGUAUCCAGUGCUGAUUCAGAGAAUGUUGCAGCACACUAAAGAAAGCGAGGAAGACUACGAGGACCUGACAGACGCCGUUCGGCUCGUGAAAGAGGUGAUCGCGGCGGUCGAUAGCAAGGUGAACGAGCACGAGAAAAGACGUCGUCUGAAGGACUUUCACGGCCGCAUGGACAGCAAGUCCAUCAUGAUGAUGAAGAGUGGUCAGAUGUUCGCAAGGGAGGAUCUGCUGAGGAGGCGACUGAUUCACGACGGGGUGCUGCAGCUAAAGAACAGCCAGGGACGAUUAAAGGAUGUCCAUGCUCUGCUACUAUCAGACGUCUUUGUCUUCCUCCAAGAGAAAGACCAGAAAUUUGUCUUCGCCAUGCUGGACCAGCGCUCCACGGUCAUCUCCCUCCAGAAGCUGAUCGUUAGGGAGGUCGCUAAUGAAGAGCGCGGCCUCUUCCUCAUCACGGCAGGCAUCGAGAAACCGGAGAUGAUGGAGGUCCUUGCAAACUCGAAGGACGAGCGCAACACCUGGAUGCAGCUUAUCCAAGAAGCCAUGCAGUCCAUGGAGAAGGAUGAGGAUGAAGGGAUUCCCAGUGAGACGGAAGAUGACAAGAGACAACUGGAGACCAAAGCCAAGGAGAUGAGAGAUCUGUUGAAGCAGAAGGAUACAGAGAUCAUGUCCCUGCUGGAGGAGAAGGUGCAGCUCUUCAGGGGGAUGUGGGAAGGCCUAAACCCGAGUGAGGAGGGCAGUCGGCAGGUCGAGCCUUUCUUCCGGUCAGCCUGUAGCCUGGAGCCACCCAGGGGGGCCUCCGUGAUGAAGGAUGCCCUGCAGGAAGUGGAGACGUUACAGGCACUGGUAAAUGGCAGCCUGGGCGGAGCGAUGGCCAGCAUCCAGGAGGGAGGAGGCACGGGGCCGGUGUGUUUGCCCCGUCGGGCUGAGACCUUUGGAGGCUUCGACAGUCACCAAAUGCACAGCAGUAAGAGUGGAGACAGAGAAGAGAGCGAGGAUACGGCAGGAGAUCUGCGCAGGACAGAGUCCGACAGCGUUUUGAAAAAGGGAGGAAACGCCAACGUGCUGCUGCUGCUGAAGAGGAACAGUGAGCAGGUCCUCCACAGUGUCUCCAAUCUGCACCUUCUGCUCAGCACUCUGCAGGCAGUGGUGGUCCAGCAGGACAGUUUCAUAGAGGAUCAGCGGCAGGCCCUGAGUGAGCGCUCCUCCUCCUGCACAUCUUUAUCGCGGCAGACCUCAAGGCCCAGCUCGCUGAUUGAACAAGAAAAGCAGCGCAGCCUGGAGAAGCAGCGGCAGGAGCUAGCCUCCCUGCAGAGACAGCAGACAGCUCUUGCUGAGGAGAAGAGGAGAAGGGAGAAAGAAUGGGAGCUGAGGGAACAGCAUCUGACUGAGAGGGAGGGUCUGGUGCACAUGCAGCAGGAGGAGGAGGUCCUGAGGCAGAACAAGGUACUUGAGGAGGAGAAGCGGGAGCUACAAAACAAGAAGGAGGAGUACCAGAGAGACCUGGAGAGGCUUAGAGAUGCCCAGAGGAAGCUGGAGAGGGACAGAGAGGCCGUGCAGCGACAGCUCGACAAGAUGGAGGAGAUCCGUUUGGCUGAGAGGACUCCCUCUACAACAUCAGAUGAAUCCCAGUUCCCUGGGAGCUCACAGUCUCUGGAGCUGGAUCCACUGGAGCUCUCCUCCUCUUCCACCCUGACAAGACAGCAGCCCCAGCGGUCUAAGCCCAAAGGAAAAGGCCUCAAUCCUUUUACCUCAUCUUCCACCAACCUCAAGGGCAGUGAAGCUAACAACCAGAUCUCAAAGAGCCUGCUGCAGCUAGCCAAGAACAAAAACAAAGAGGGGAAGGAGAAGAAGAAGAAGAAGGGCAAGGGAGGGAGCGCGCAGACAGCAGAUCCCCAGCACCUCCCAGAGCCUUCGCUGGAUGGAGAGAUCUUCUUCUGCUGAGAGAAGUGACUCUCUUUCCCCCUAAUCAUCAUCAUCAUCACCAUCAACAAAAUCAACGUAUCAAAGCGGUUCUGACAUCCAGAGCAAUGUGUUACUGCUAAGUAGUAAUUCCUUCAUCUACAUGCGUAGUACUGCUCUUUAGCACCUUUUAAUAUCACCUUGAAAAGUAAAUUUUCCACAUCAUGACAUAGAGCAAUGUAACUUAACAUGUAAGAAAAGGAAAGGUCAUUUUUCCUGCAUUUUUAAAUCAAAUACCACUGCUUUUAGUUUCUGGAAAGUAAAACAUUUUUAGGGAUUCUGCUAUGGAGUGCACGAAGACAUGCACACUUACAGUACAAGAAAAUAGGUGACACGGACUAGCAGUACAUUUUUAGGUAUCCAAAAACCGUCCUUUGGCUGUCUUCGCCAUGGUUACAUGACAGACGAUUAAUCUCUUCGUUUUGAAUUUGUGAUAGAGUAUCAAACUGAAAGCAUUUCACAGCAGAUUGCCUCACAAGCUUUGCCAAGUAUGUCACAGGCUUCACUGCCUUUCUGUUUCUGUGUUUGUUAUGUCCCCAGCAGCCCCCUGUUCAACAGCCCGUCCUGUCAUUAAGUUCCACACCAACAGGCUGUUGUGUUCAUUUACAGAAGCCUUUUCUUUGUGACUGCACCCACACAUACAGAGACGCAGACGUACCCAAAUUCCACUCGGAAACAAAUAUGAAUGUCACCAAGCUCCAUGUGGCACUGGAGGCUCCUAAUUAUCCUGAUUAAUAAUUAAUAGAAAGCACAGAGGAGAGGCAGCCCAGUGUGUGUUUCAUUCCCAUGUGUAUAGACAUAUUAUAGCCAUACAUUUCUUUACUCGCUAUUUGAAAAGCAGAUAUGAGUACGUCCACUCAUUUUGUAAGUAAAAUGUAAUUGGCACAAUACCUCCAGUAAUCCUCUAUAACGGCUUUAUGUCAUCAGUGUUCCUUGGCUGUCUUUUUAUGUAUUUGUUCUCCAUUUUGAAGUGGAACUCUCUUCAGAUGUGUGUGUCUAUUUUAUUUUCCAGACUCAACAGUAAUGAAUGGGCUGAGACAUAUCUCCCUGUGUCUAAUGGCUCAAUUCAUAUCCUUUAGUGUUUUUUAGAGCUUUAGGGGGAUAUUAGCUUGAUCCUCGCUUUAUCUGCCUGUCAUUGGGCUUUUAUUCAUCAUCCAUCUGAGUGAUGACAAGCGGGGCUUUCCUUCGUUUUUUUUAAUUGCGUGUAACUCCACAGGUAGCAUACUAAUGGUUUGUCUGUUUAAAGAGUUCAGCUUUUUCUUUCAACCCUUCCUCUUUCAGUUUCAGACUCAGUAGAUCCACACGGUUGAUGGUUUUAGGAAAUGGAGGCUGUUUUAUUUAUGGACAAAGCAGCUGCUUUAGAGAAAACGAGAAAGGACGGUAAUUAAAAACACCAGAAUGAUGUUAGGUGUUCCUGUUUGAACGUUUAAUGACUAAACCCGCUCAGCAGGUUCUGCCUGAGUCUCUGAUAACUUCAAAUUAAUCAACACUCAUCAGUGUUGUCAAGCACUUUGGUCCAAAUAUGUUGAUGCAUUUUUGAGUUAUGAAUCAAGGAGGUCUUUGUCUUCUGUGGAACUUUUUAAUCGAGGGCACUGAUGCUCAUGAAAAGCAACAACGAUCCAAAGUGUGGUAAUGUGUUAAAGAACAUAAAAGAUGCUGCGGUUACAUCUUGUUAGUGUUUAAAAUGGAAAUAAGGGGCUGGUAGCUUUUAUGUAAUGUUUCCAAGGUGACCUGUCUUAAUUUCUAAGCCUGUGUUUUAGCCCCACUUAGCCCAGAUUGAGGGCUACACAACUACCUGCUGGACAGGUAGGAAGUACAAAGAAACAACCCUUUUGAGUGAAUUACAGAGCAGCGCCACAGAACUGCUUUCUUGCUGCCUCUUUUGUCUCAUCUUUAAGUGCUUGUUUGUUAACUUGCCGUUUGUGUUGAGGAUUUGACUUCAUGUCCAGACUGGUUUAUUAUAGUGUGUCUUCCUAGAAGCUCACAGGGCCAGCCAAUUAGUUGCUUCAUGUCUUUUGUUUAUGGAUUUGGUGUAAUCCUGUCAAAGAAACAGAGGAAUGGGCUUUGACCACUAGGGAGCGCUGCACCUAUGACUAAAUUAGUUCCCUCUCCCACAACAACAACCAGAAAGUAUGAAACAAUUUUUUUUUUUGUCAUUUCUUUUUUUUAUAUACUCUCCCUGCUGAGAAAAAUUGACAUAUUUUUUCUCAGCAGGUCGUUGCUGUACAGAGAUAAUGUGAUGAGCGUGGGCUUUCACACUCUGUGACAUUUUCCCCACGGCAUUUGUAAUUGACGCAGGAAACAAAUAAGUUGUCAGAGAUUGUAAUUGGUUAUUCAGUGAAACCAGUCAGCAGCAACUUUAAUAUGAAAAAAGACGGUCUAAUGGUUGGAGGGAGCGACCAGGCAGAACCGCAAACCUCUCUCUGUAAGGGACAAUCAGCAGACGCGAGUCAGGAAAAUGAACUCCUUCCCCGAUGAUGAUAGGCCUGUCCAUGAGACGAGUGUGUCCAUCAGGUGAACCCUGCGUAGCCUUAAAUCUUAAUGAUAAAAUGCACUAGAGUAGAACCCAGCAUCUUCUCAGGAGAGAGAGAGGAGAGCUUUUAUACCUCUGCUUUGAAACGAAGGAAAUGUUUGUACUAUAAAAGUGGUACAGGGUUGUUUCAUUCCCAACAAUGUAAAAAAAAAAAAAAAAAAAAAAAAAAAGG